UGGGUUUUUUAUUCAAAGCCUUACCAUUUAUUUCCUAGUGAGUUAUUUUGGCGACUUGAACAUCAUCAACUGUUUGUUGGGUUAUCAACAAGUAUUUCGUAACUUGGGCAAAGAGGAAAGCAUAUGGGAGGCUUCUCUUUAAGACUUUUACAAGAGUCACCUUCCAGCUAUUGGUUACUUCAUCGAGAAGAACCACGCGUUCCUUGUCCCUUGUUUCGAAACUCGUUAAAGUUUCGUCACGUAAUGUUUUAUGGACAGAAGAAGAAAACUUUGGACUUGGUGAAUCGUCCGUUAGGUGUUAUCAACGGAAUUCUUCUAGGUUACAGCAUCGGUAACUUUCACGACGUUUUUUCCAAGGCUUGGUGUCCAUUGAACGAACCCCACUGUCGACGCUUUGCUAUGGAUUUGAAGAAUGGAGAGUUUUUGGAGGUUCACUGGUAUAACGAAAACAUAUGUCUUCUAUCGUGGCGCCAAGCAAUGCGCUCGGUGCACCAAUAUUUUGUGUUGUACGAGACACCACCACCUUCCAAGUUACCGUUUAAACUAAAAGGUAGUGUGGAAUUGGUGUUACAAGUGGAACCGAAACGAAAAUACAGUUUAUCAGUCAACGCUGAAGAAGAAACUUGUGACGAGUUUGAAGACGAGACGCCAUUUGCUUUUCCUGGUAUGAAAGAAGCGUUACGUCGUGUAGUAGGAGUAUUUGAAGGUACGGGAAGAAGAGCCAGCUAUAAUCCUUUCAAUCUUUCCGUAACGGACGAUUUUACCUUUCCGUACAAACAAGUCAGCUAUAUUUUACAAGACCAUUCGUCGAUUGCGGAAGAUGAAGAGGCUCGACUGUUUUCAUCAUUCGGGGUAGUGGAACCUCCUUUGUUUUCUAUUUCGUUGCCAGUGGUGACGACCACUUUGGAAGGUGCUGUGAUGCAAGAAAUUCUUAGACAAGAAAGCUUCCAUCUUCAAGCAAGCGACCCAAAUAUCAGCGAUGAAGCAUUUCAGAAAAUUGCUACGAGAGAGAAGAGAUGGAGUCGACGUCUUUGGAGGAAUUUUCGACGACAAUUGUGUGAGAGACGUUGUGGGAUAGAAGAAGCCAUAGUUCCGCUGAUUGCGCAUAGUGCAGCGAUGCAUCUCGGCUUUUCACUUUCUGCAAGUACUUUAAAACAACAUCAUGUACAGUUUGCUACUAGUGUGGACGAUGAGGAGAUUCGAGUUCUCAUAUCUUCGUUAUUGAAGUUGGCAAAUGGUCUUUGGAUAGUUUCUUCAUCAGGAGAAAAUCUAUUUAUGGUUGAUCCAUCUCAGAAACAAAGUCAUCAGUCGUCUCAAACAUAUCGUCCUACAAACGAUAAGAGCAACACAGAAAGUGUGACCAGUCGAGGUGACAACUGGUCAUCUUCAAUAGCGGUAUGGAAAGAAGAGAAUAGGGAAACUAGUUCCUUUAUGAAUGAAGAAGAACCUCGGCGUCCCCAUUCACAACCUUUUGUAGGAACAAACAAGAAUGAGCAAGAAGCGUUGAUAGAAAAAGUGGAAAGGUUGGAAAGUCAGAAUGCAAUCUUGAUACAACGAAUUCAGCAACUGGAACGUGAAAGAGAUCGUUAUUUGGCAUCUAUAGGGAACAACCAUGUCGACAAGUUAGAAUCGGAAGGGAGGGAAGAAGAUAGUUACUAUUAUAACGAGUUGAACCAAAUUCUUCGGAAUAUUGAUAAUAGUGUAUAUAACGAGUGGGAAGUAGUAGAGAAGAGUCAGAGUGAUUUUUUGUUGUAGAAAACGAAACGAUAUCUAAACCUAAAAGUCCUGAACUUGUGUGGUUCAAAGACAAUACGUUUGUCUUACAACCC